CUGGUGCUCCGCGGUAACCAGUUCAGAGACCCGCACGCCACGUGCGACCAAAGCGCGUGUGACCCUUCAGGGCCCUGGCAGUGAACAGGCCUGUGUUUCUGUUGUGGAGUUGUACUCAGAAAGGAUGCGGGCUAGUUCCAACUCAGUGUGAAUCUGGGGACCCAGGCUCUGAGUGAAAGCGAGAAUAAUCAUGACCUCGUGGGUGUCUCGGCCCGGGCGGGAGGUCCCUGGGAAGCCCCACUUCAGACCUGGGGUCUGGGGGUGGCUGCCACUGUGAGUCCAUAGCUGCCCAUACGUCUCUCCUCCCCAGUUGUCUAAGGCCACCCGCAGAGAGGGAGCUUUCCGGGAAGGAUUCCUCCGGAGGCCUCUGAGGCAUGGCGCUCUGGCGGGCAUACCAGCGGGCCCUGGCUGCUCAUCCGUGGAAAGUCCAGGUCCUGACGGCUGGGUCCCUGAUGGGCUUGGGUGACAUGAUCUCACAGCAGCUGGUGGAGAGGCGGGGUCUGCGGGAACACCAGACACGCCGGACCUGGACCAUGGUGUGCUUGGGCUGUGGCUUUGUGGGUCCUGUAGUAGGAGGAUGGUACAAGGUUUUGGACCGGCUCAUUCCUGGCACCACCAAAUUGGAUGCGCUAAAGAAGAUGUUGCUGGACCAGGGGGCCUUUGCUCCGUGCUUUCUAGGCUGCUUCCUGCCACUGGUAGGGACACUUAAUGGACUGUCGGCCCAGGACAAUUGGGCCAAACUGCAGCGGGAUUAUCCUGAUGCCCUCAUCACCAACUACUAUCUCUGGCCUGCUGUGCAGUUAGCCAACUUCUACUUGGUCCCCCUGCAUUACAGAACAUUGCUAAGUUGCCCUGGCUGGCCUCGAACCUGUGUAGCCUCAUCUGUGGCAUGUGCCAUCAAGCCCAGCUGCAUCCUCUCCUUCACAAUGAUAUUCUGUUGCUAGGUUGGCCGUUGUCCAAUGUGUUGCUGUCAUUUGGAAUUCCUACCUGUCUUGGAAGGCACAUCAGCUCUAACCCUGCCCCGCUGUAUCAUUCCCACUGCAGUGGCACACCAUGACCCUGAAAUGCUGUGUCUUUUCAUAGUUUUACAGAUCAGUGUCUGUGAGGUGGGGUUGCUGGUCAGAGCACUCUGCAAUGGCACAGUUCACUCUGAAAUGUACCCUGACCGCUUCUGAAAUCAGGGAGGCCUUUAUGAUACAUUCACAGGCACCUGAGGCCAGGGCUGCAUUCUGAGAACGGUACCAUUAGGCAGGUGCAGCACUGUGUGCACAGCAUGGUGGUCCUUACACACACCUGAGUGCCAUAGGUCAGUUCCUCAGCAAGACCUCUUGAUGCAAACAGAAGACAGUAAACUCAAGAUGUAUGAGGCCGCUGCCUGCCUAACAGCCUACUGUUGUACAGUGAACUUUUUUUUAAUAAGAAGGGGUACACUCUAAAAUUAUGAUAAAUACAAAUACAUAAACCAGUAACAUCGUUAUUCAUUGUCAAAUCUUACGUACUGUGGAUAAUUGUACAUACUGUGCUUUUAUACAGCUGGCACCACAGCAUUUUUGUUUCCACUGGUAUCACCACAGACACAGGAAGAUGCAUUGCACUGUGAUGUUGUAGCAGCCACCGUGCCAGUCCAGGACCCACGCGUGGGUCCUGGGGUUUUUGGCUCCAUUAUAAUUUUAAGGAGCCGUAGUUGUAUUUGUAGUCUGUCAUUGACUGAAGUGUCACAGCGCAGGACUGUAGUCUGUCACACCACAUGUGUGGGAUGCACUCCGUAAACAUUUGUGGAACCACAUGACCUUGUCAGCUUUACAUCCACAUACCAACAAAGGCCACUUUACCCUUUGCAUAGACACGUCUGUUAGUGUAACCCUUCCUCCCUGGUAUCUUUGGAGAUCCCUCAAAUGCUUUAUAUGUAUAGUACUUCAGUUAAUAUGUUAAUAAAUACGUAAUCUAA